AGUGUUUCAACAGGAGGCAGUGUCAGUGGGACGCACUGAACAAAGUGAACCAGCUAUUGGGUUACAGUUUCACAGAACGUACAGGUCUUAUUUACCGGAUUAGCUAACAAAAGAAAAGAAGAUGGCAUCACAUGGUUUUGAAGAAGACCCUGACAGCAGUGUUUUCAGCCAUGUUCAUAGCUGAGCGCAUCCUCCAAUAGACGGCGUUGCCAUGGAGCCCGGCAGAGGAAGUGAGCCGACUAGCGAAACAAAGCCUUUGUCUGAUGCCUGCGAGGAGACAGCUAGGGGGAGUGAGGCCCUGCAGCCUGAGGCCGAGCCACCAUCUGAGUCCCCUGAUGCCAGUCCUCCCGAACCACAGCCGCCUGGGAAGCUGAGGAAGACCGCGUUCAAGCUCUUCGGAGGACGCAAGAGCAUCUGUGCCUUGCCCAGUUUCUUUGGCGGGAGGAACAAAACACAAGGAAAGGGGUCUUCGAAAAAAGGAAUAAGCAAGAGCAAAACUCAUGACUGCAUCAGCAAAGUCAGCUGGGAGGAAGGCAGAGGUGCAGGAUGCGUCCCAUCAGGGGACUUUGAGUACCACUGCCAGAAGGGUUCAGCUGGAAGGACCCUGACCAAUUCUGUAAGUGCACAUACCGUGAACGACCCUGGGAAAAGGACAGAGUUUCCUAAAGGGGAAUCGUGCCACCUGCUCACCUCGGAGGCUGGUGAUCACAAACUGGGUGUGGAAAAAUCCUUGUCCUUCCCUCGUCCAAUGAAGGGACUGAGGGGGCUGUUUAGCAGCAUUAGACGUCAUAAAAAGAAUAAAAAUGUUGAAUCUGAGAAGAGCGAGGUAUUUGAAUUGUCUGUAGACAUCCCUAAAGACUUAGUCCCUGUCUCUGAGUCAGGGGUUAGUCAUCAUCUGGGUAGUUUGGCAGAACCCAAUGUGCCUACUGGAGUAAAUGUCAAAGAGCGCUUUAUUAUUACUAAUGAAUGUAUUGCAAAUGAAACUUUGCCUGAAAAUGAAACUGCCCAAAUCAAACUCGACAGUCAAUCUUUAAAGGAAAGUCAGUCUUUGAAAGACACAUGUAAUGAUGUGGGGGAGAGGACAGGGGCUCUGAAUGCAAAUGGAGAAACACUCUGUUCAAACUCAGAGUUCACCUAUAUCCCCAAUGUCAGUACUCAUUCUGCUGAGAACGAUCAGCCUUCUGUUCACUCCUCAGAUCAGAUCAGCUUAAUUUUUGGCGAUGUUGCCUCUUUGAAGAGCUUUGAUUCCCUCACUGGCUGUGGGGACAUCAUUGCCGAUCAAGACGAUGACAGUGUCGCUGAAAGCACUGUCUCAGGAGAGCGUAGUCGAAAUGCCGGAAAAAGGAGCUCCUGCUACGUCACUUACCAGGGUGGAGGGGAAGAAAUGGCCACCCCUGAUGAGGUUGAUGAAGAUUACCUCCAGGGCUUGUGGGAAAAUGAGGCUGCGGCGGACGUUUGCUACACCUCCAGCCAGCAGCCCGAUUUUAUGGAGCAUGAUGAAGUCCUGCAGCCGGCUCUGCCCUCUCCUGAGAUGGAAGCCACUUGCAAUCACACCAUCCCACAUGCUGUUGUUGAUGUUUCCCUUACACCCGGGGAUGUUUUGACCCCACAAAGUGACCAGCAGGAGUCUGUCCCCAACAGUGAUGAGGGUUACUACGAUUCCACUACCCCUGGGCCAGAUGACGAUGUGGAUCGAGGUGUUGGUAGGUUAGGCAAGGAGAGACUACCGAGGGACAGUUACAGUGGAGAUGCUCUUUAUGAGCUCUUUGAGCCAGAUGAAAGCCUCAUGAGUCCCCCCCUCCAAGACGAGACCUUCGAGACGCAGCCACCCACCCCAGAUCCAUUGGAAUUUUUGGGGGUUAAACUGCAGAGCAACGACUCAAAAUUAUACCCUGGGCUGAGCCACAAAACCGGACUCAUGGAAACAGAGGAGGCUCGAUUAGCUAAAAUACAGCAGGAGCUGCUCUGCUGUGAACUGCAAGGCAUACAAAAAGCAUCCAAAGAACUGGCUGUGCUAGCCAAGGGCAGAUAUUUCCAAGAAAAAAGCAUCAGUGAUUGCAUUCCCAAACUGAACAAACCACAUCAGAGUGGUCUCAAGGAGGAGCAGGCCAUCUUACAGGUGACAAGUCAAAAAGGAAAAAGUGUGCAACAGGGAUCACUCAACCUGAAAGACAGUAAGAGUGAGAUUCUCUCUUGCAAUGGAGGGAGCAGUCAGAAGACGCAUGAUCAGCCGUACAUAAAAGCAACCGAAGCAGUUUGUUGCACACAUGUAACAAAGAUGCCUCACCCUUUACAAGAAUUGUCAUCAUACACUGAGCAAAGCAAUCAAAUGGCCGCUCUGACAGAGAACAGAGGAAAGACACAUUGCUCCAACAAAACUGAGGCAGAAACUGAGUAUGACCAAACUGUUUGUUUUUCCCAGGCUUUGGUGGACUUCACAAAACAUUCCAAGCUCUUCAACAGUCUCUCUGAUGGUUUGGAGAGUUCUGAUUCAAGUUCUUCUUUUGCCCAGAAUAUGCAGGCACUUCCUGCAAUGGUCACGUUUGAUGUUGUUGAUAUGGAAAAUGAGGGAGAAUGUGAUCGCCAAAUAGAGAUGGUCACCGAUGAGGACAUAGUGUCGCCCCACGAAGCUUAUGAUGAAAGCUACCUGCAGAAGGAUGCUUUCGCUGAAUGUGAUGAUAGAAUGUUCAACUUCUAUGACCAGAGUUUGUUUCUUAGGAACAGCUGGGGGGUUGCUAGUCUCCCAAGGCACCUCAGCCUCACCAGGGUCAAUCAACCCAUGCCAGCCCCACUGUCCUUAAACAGGAGAAGCAGGUCUCUAGACACUGACAGCCUGGAAUUUGAGGUGAGUGAUAUGUAUCUAGCACAGCCUAGAGUUGGCCCCUCUUUGAAUCACGUAACCAGAACAGAAAGAGACUCCAAGAGGGUGUCUUCCCUCCACCGCAAACGGACUGGGGACUCUACAAGCUCAGAGCCGAGGGAUAGCACUGAUCUCAUGGUUGUUACACAGCAGCAAGAGUCUGCAGGGUCCUUCAUGCGCCCUUCAACAGAUGGGAAGAGGGUGUGCCAGGUGCAGGGUCUUGCUCCAGCUCAGAAAGACAGGGCAAAGCCGCCAUGCGGUCCAAUGAGGCGACCGGAAGCUCAGCCAGUUGGCCGCCCACCUAACUGGAAAACCCGGCCGCAGAUUUCGAAGCGUGCAGUGGAGGACCGGGUGGCCUGUAACACUAUGCCACAGAGCCCUGGGCACUUAACUAGACCAUCUCAUCUGCCCUUACAGUCUGGAGACUGCAUCUCCCACCAACCCCAGCGCACUUUCACGGGGACGUCCAGAGAGAGUUUGUGUGACAGAACUGAUUGUACAUCAGAUGACAGAAGUGAGGCGUACUUCUUGAAGAAUUACGCCUUGACACAGUACUCGGAUUCCUCCCAUCAGCACACCAAGGUCAAACCCAUUGGGGUCACCCAAGGGGUGCCUCAUUUUCACUCUGACAUCAGUAAUGCAUCAAAACCAGCCAUCUUCCAGGAGCACCGAGAGUUCAUCAGUAAAGGCAGAAAAGCAGUUGAUGCGGCAUUGCCUGUUGAAUGUAACAAACGCACUACAUAGAUAUUAUCCUAUACACAUAAAGCUUUUAGGUUUUUAAAUUUUUUUAUUGUGUUUGUAUGUAGCCAGUGUUGUCUUCUCACAUGCCACCAAAGACACCUUGCUGUAUGUUUACCCCACUGAUAACUUAACUGGCUUAAUAGCUUACCCCUUUUUGACACUUGUGUAUGUAUUAUUUUUUAGGAAUGCUAACAGCACACCUCAUGUACUUUAAUUGUACUGUAUAGUGAUGUAAAAAAUCAUGAGGCAAAGUGCUGCACCAAUCAAAAAGCUAGCAAUUUUGAAAUCCAGCCUCGUAAU